UUCUGGGGAACUACCACCUCUGACCCUGCAAUUAAAGCUGAGUUUGCAAAGAUUGGGUCCGCAAGCUUCAUCGCCUUUGAUGAUCGUUUUUACAAUAUCAUUGGACCCAAUUCAAAGGUUGAGAAACUCGUUGAUCUCCCGGAGGAGAUGCACGAGGCGCCCAACUAUCUACCCAAGCAGAACAAAGUCUUUAUGUCAGCUUACAAUGAGACGUAUGACUAUCUCAUUGACCCAUGCUCUGAGCCACCAACGAUCGAACAAAUCACUGCAGAUCCGCCAUUGGAAUCAGUGAAUGGAGGGAUUUUGGUCGGCGGCCAACUUCUCGUUGGGACGGAUGGCUAUCGCAAUUUUAGCCCGCCGGGAAUCUAUACGUUAGACCUAAACACGCUGAAAUCCGGCGUAUUGCUCAACAACUACCGUGGAUUGAGAUUCAAUACCGUCGACGAUCUUACAGUCGACCACUUUGGCAAUAUUUGGUUUGUUGAUGCCCCACUCGUGUGGUUUAUAGAAGGCGAAAAACCUGGCCUCCACAAGGUGUUCGAUAAUGCCCCGACUUUGCCAUCAGCCAUCUACGUCUACAACAUAACCUCCGGCACCAUCGUGUGUGUGGACCAAUCUAUGGUCUGGCCCAACGGAAUCGCUUUUUCUCCAGAUAGGAAAACUCUUUACGUCUCAGACACCCCUUUCAACCUGCAAACCGAGUUCCGCGGCGUCUUCGCAUUUGACGUCACCUAUCCUUAUACGCUGAGCAACAAGCGCAUGGUGUAUCUACCCGACACGAACAUCGUAGACGGG